AUGAGGUCCCUCCUCUCACGGCGCCGUGUCGCCCGGCAACCAAGGACGGGUGCUUCUGCAUUACUCAAAUCGUUUCUUACUGUCUCUUCGCUCGCGUCAAUACCGACGUCGCGCGCUAUUAAUUUUACCUCCGUGCCAGAUUCCUUCCUCGACGUGGACAUUUCAACACUUGGCAGGGUUGGCUUCGCCGGGGACUUCGCGGGCAUAUCCCUCUACCAGUUCGAGGGCCAGGACGAGGACCCCUUCAGAACAAAUGGCAGCGAGGGCCUGCUGGCUCGACUGCCCAAUGGCGUUCUCACCACCGUCGUCCAGGCCGACGCCUCCAUCCAAUCUAUGUGUUCCUAUGUCACCGACGGAGUCGCGCAGGGCGUCGUCAUAGCUGGGAACUUUACCAGCCUCGGCGACCGAGAAUCCACCGGCAUCGCCCUCUUCAACCCCAACACAACUGAAGUCAGACAGCUGCCCGGCAUACAGGGCUCGGUGAACGCGGUCCUCUGUGACAAUGACACGGUCUACGUCGGGGGCAACUUCAUGGGCAUCGAGAAUUCUACAAACGCCGUCUCGUGGAGAGGCACCGAGGCCGGCUUUUCAGCCUUGCCCUUUGCCGGCUUCAAUGGCCCCGUCCUGUCCAUCACCAAGGCCUCAAACGGCCACAUCAUCUUCGGCGGCAGCUUCUCCGGACUGGGAAAUGCGAGCACGCCUAGUACGCCAGACGAGCAGGUCAUCAACCUUUCCACAGCAGACCUGUCCUCUGGAGGCUCGACGACGACCGACGGCUUCAGCGAGCCUAGCAACAUCGUUUGCAAGACCAGUGGCGAUGACGGAGCGGGCAACACAUGGCUGCUUGCGGACAACACUCCUGGGUUCUGGCAGGCGAACAUGGGUUUCGGCUACCGGCCGACAAAGCUGCGCCUGUACAACACACACCAAGAUGGGCGAGGCACAAAGACAUGGCGCUUCACGGCCCUGCCCAUCAAUGGCAUCAUGAACCUCAGCUACAUCGAUCCCGAAACGAAGCAGAACCUCACCUGCACCAGCGAGUGUCCACUGAGCAGCAAUAGCGACAUUACCUUUCAGGAGUUCCAUUUCGUCGACGUCAUAGGAAUGAACGCGUUCCGAAUCGACAUCUCGGACUGGUACGGAAGUGGCGGUGGGCUGAACGGCAUUGAGCUGUUUCAAGAUGACAUCUUUGCGUUCGCCGUCAGUGACUUCAACGAGCCAACCUGUGCGGGCAUCUCCACCGCGUCCAAUGCCACCCAGACCGGCCCCUGGGCUGUUUCCUCGUCAUUUGCCAACAACUCCCGGUACCUGACAGCCGACCUCUCGAGUCCCAUCACCACAGACUCGGCUUCUGUUGUCUUCCUCCCGGACAUAAGGGAGUCUGGCUACUACACCGUCAACAUGUACACACCAGGUUGCCUGCAAGACAACACGUGUGACUCCCGUGGCCAAGUCCGCCUCAGUGGCACCAUGUCACCCACGGGCACCAAUGGCACGAUCGGCACCUCACUAUUUCAAACGAACAACUUCGACAAGUACGACCCCAUCUAUUAUGGAUACGUGGACGCGACGUCUGACUCGUUCCGGCCCGCCGUAACCUUGACCCCUGCGGGCGGCCAGACUCUAUCCCAGCAGACCGUUGUAGCUCAAAGGGUCGGUUUCGUCAUGUACAACACGACUGGGGGCCUAAACGGGUUGUUUGAAUACGACCCGUCUGUCACUAACUUCAACUCAUCCGAUUUUCAGAACUCAGUCUUCGACAAACUCGGCAUGAAUUUCUCCACUGGAUCUGCUGUCAAUGCGCUGGCGACUUCAGGGACCGUUACUUUCAUCGGAGGCAAUUUCACCUCUUCGGGUUCCAACAAUAUUGUUUCUGUGGAUCGUCAGGAUUCCUCGGUGCGGGCCCUCGAUGGUGGUCUCAACGGAAAUGUCGCUUCUUUGCAUGUCAAUGGCACCAAACUCUUUGUGGGAGGGUCCUUCAACAACACCCAGAGCAAUGGCGCAUCCGGUCUUGCCAACGUCGCGGUCUUUGAUACCUCGACCAAUGUUUGGAGUGCUCUAGGCGCUGGCGUCAACGGCCCAGUGUCAACGGUGGUUGCACUGACGAUGAAUAUCUCCGGCACCACGGAGGAGGUCGUUAGCUUCACCGGGAACUUCAGCCAGCUCAACGCGUUCGAAAGCAACCAGGAUGUGUUUGCCAACGGCUUUGGGGUCUGGGUACCAACUCGGGGGAAUUGGCUGGUGAACCUGGACGUGCCUGUGGAAUAUCUGGACGGCAUGCUGACCACCUCCGUUCUCGAUGUGACCGGAAGCGACCCGCUGUAUGCUGGCACGGUCAUAUCUUCAACCCUUGGAGCCGUGGGAGCGGCCGGUCUGAGCGGAUCGGAACCUGACUUCGUCCUCGAAGACUUUGGUGCUCGUAUCCAGCCCGACUCAACACCUUCCACCCCUUCUACGGCACAGCGGGACACACUCAACGGCAGUGCGUCUGGGGUCAUCGACGCAGCCUUCUUGAACACGGACGACCUCAAUAUCACUGUUCUUGCAGGACGGUUCACUCUUACGGGAAGCAAUGGUUCCACUAUCCACAAUGUCGCCAUUGUGAACAACACUGAUGACGACAACGCCACCGUCACUGGCUUCGCCUCUGGCAUCUCCCAAGACUCGACAUUCGUUGCGGUCGCCAUUCAAGGCUCCAGGCUCUUUGCUGGUGGCAAUGUGACCGGCCUCGUCAGCGGGACCAAUGUUAGUGGCUUGGUAUCAUUUGACCUCAGCGCCAAUGAUUACGGCUCGCAACCUCCGGCGUUGGAAGGCGGCAGCGCUACGGUCAGCACCAUCGCCGUUCGCCCAAACAGCGCCGAUGUAUUUGUCGGCGGAUCAUUCACCUCGGCCGGCUCCCUGGGCUGUCCAGCAGUCUGCUCAUUUAGCCCUUCCUCCUCCCAAUGGAGUCGUCCGGGCAACAACUUGAUGGGAGAAGCCAAGACCAUGGCAUGGGUGACUGACAAGAAUCUCGUCGCAGGAGGAAACUUCACUGUGAAUGGGUCGACGAGCUUUCUGGUCUCUUAUACCUCAGGUGCUCAGUCAUGGGAUAAUUAUCCCGGCGGCACUGAACUUCCUGGACCGGUGGAUUUUGUCGUCUCCGGCUCCUCAAAGGGCGAGCAGGUGUGGGUUACCGGCACGGCGACGAAUGGGUCCAUCUAUCUCAUGAAAUACGACGGGUCUAACUGGAAAUCUGCUGGCCAGCCGUUCGAAGCCGGAACAGAUAUCCGAUCACUACAGAUAUUUUCCCUGACUGAGACGAAGGGCUCCUCGGACCUACUCAACGAGAAGAUGUCCCUGAUGCUGACUGGGCACAUCGUGAUCCCGGGCUUCGGCAGCGCGAGUGCUGCCUUGUUCAACGGGACUGCAUUGACACCCUUCGCCCUGACUACGAAGGCAGGAAACACCGCGGGUACCAUCUCCCGGGUCUUUGUCGAGAAGAAGGAUUUCUUCGGGGGCGAAUCAGGUGGCAAUUUACCAAUAUACGCCAUCGUUCUCAUCGGGCUAGCAAUCGCCCUCGGGCUGACCCUUCUCAUCGUCGUUGCUGGUAUGGCCAUGGAACGACUGAGGAAGAAGCGCGAGGGGUACCAGCCAGCACCGACGUCCAUGUUUGACCGUGGCAGUGGCAUGCAAAGAAUCCCUCCCCACGAGCUGCUUGAGUCGUUAGGCAAAGGACGGCCUGGAGCACCACAUGUGUGA